UCCCCUAUUUGUGUUUGUACUCAAAUUCAAUAGUCAGAUUUGAUAAUAAUAAAAAUAUCCGUAAUCAUAUAGGAACUAUCCAACUAAAGUUUAUCAUGCUCAAUUAUGGCACAUGGAUGCGUAGAGUUUAUAUAUGGAUGGGAAACUGCGGGAAGGAGCAAUGUUUUCUGAGGCCGCGGGAAAGGGUCGGCACCAAGAUAUUCCAGCAAAGAAUGCAAAAAUCUACCGAUAACCCGAGACCCAACAUUUUCUUGAGAUCCAAAAGAUUCUACGGAUAUAGCAUUGUGAUUGGGAGCCUUUUCGGCGCCGUCAUGUGGGCUGUGUAUGAGCUUGGAAAGCCCGUGGUGGACCAUCGUGGUCCCGUCGAUGAUGAGUACAGUGAGCUGCCUUGGUUUCGUCAGUACUUCAUGCGGAUGUGGCACUCGGUGCAGUACUACCAGAAAAUGAUGGAAGCACCCGUGAUAACGAAGUUGCUGCCGGAUAUCCUGCCUCCUCCCUAUAUACAGCCUCCGUAUACGUUGGUGCUGGAGAUAACGGAUGUACUGGUUCACCCGGACUGGACAUAUAAGACUGGUUGGCGGUUUAAGAAGCGUCCGGGCGUUGACUACUUCCUCCAGCAGUGCAGCAAGAACUUUGAGAUUGUAAUUUACACUUCAGAGCAGGGCAUGACCGCCUUCCCCCUUAUAGAUGCCCUGGAUCCUUACGGUUACACCACGUACCGAUUGGUCCGAGGGGCCACGAAAUUUGUGGAGCGGCAGCAUAUUAAGGACCUAGACUACCUUAAUCGGGACCUGAGUCGAGUCAUUGUGGUGGACUGCGGUCGGAAGGCGACGCCCCUGCAUCCGGACAACGCUUUUGUGAUGACCAAAUGGCAGGGCAACGAUGACGAUGUGCAACUCUUCGAUCUGACGGCUUUCCUCCAACUUGUGGCAGAGCACCAGGUGCCCGACGUACGAGAAGUUCUCCAUUAUUACAGUCAGUUUGAGGAUCCCAUUGAGCAGUUCAAGGAAAAUCAGCGACGACUGCAGGAACAAAAUCAGGAGAACAUUCAGAUGAUCCCUAGCAAUCAACGAAAGUGGUCAUUCGCUCUGAUGGGACGCUCGUGGCGGGGCUCUUAGAGACGGGAAUUCUAUAUCACUCCGUUCAACAUAUAUAAUUUAUAUCAAUGUAACCGGAAUGUGAGACUCUAACUGAAAACAUAUGUAAUCUGAUCAGGGAUCCUUUUUUAAAUUAAAAUUUUUA